AUGGCCAAGGUCCAUUUCACCUCAUGGAAAGAUCGUGCUCAUCUUCUCGAGGUUCGGGAUGAGUUCUAUCCGCCUCACUCAUACAAGGGGCCGGACAUGCGCCCUCGAGCAUGCGCCAAGGUAGCAGCUUGGAAGCUCAGGGGAAACAUCCCCCAUCAUGUGGAGGCUACUGCUCUGUUGACAGACGCAAUUCUUCACGAUGACGGGGAAAGGAAUUCAAUCUUUUCCAUUCGAGCCACCUACUCGGCAGCCUUUUGUCGGUUCGUAACGGGGCUUGUAGACACCAAAACCACAGGUCCCCGCAGAACGAUGUUUCAAAGGGCCAUGGAUCUCGGUCUUCCGGCUUCAUUUGUGGAGUUGCGACAUGAGGCGACGCAUCGCGAGCCCCCUUCUCUCAUUGUUUUGCGCAAGGCGACGCAACGCUCCUUGGAGUGGCUAUGGGACAACUAUUGGACGACGCUUGACCCGGACGGACUCAGUGGCAGUUCUUCACGGGCCGAUCAUUCCGAUUUACCGACAGCCACCGCACUGCGUCAGUGCCUGCAGGGCUUCAUGAAGAAUUCCAAAGCAAGACUGACGCAGAAGAAACGGAAGCGUGAUCAGGAGACCGCGCUUGCUGACAAUUUGAUCGGAAUUUGCCGUGACUCCAAGGACAGCGUCGACUCCGCGAUGGCCACCCUUUCAGUAUCUCUCUUGGAACUGAAUGCUCUGAUUGACCCCAACAGAAGCCUGGGAGACUCCAUGGAUGCAACCUUUGAAAAGUGGGACCCCAUCCUGCAGAGAGUGACAGACGCCCGUGCUGCAUUCCUACACUGCAUGGCUGAGGAGCUCGUGAACACGAUGGUCUUAUCUUCAUCAGCCGACGAUCAUGAAAUCGCGCACGUAGAGGGACUCUAUCUUUGGUUGGAACACCUCAUCACCUCAACAUCCUGGGAAUCGCGGAGACAAUUUCUACCGCGAGAAUAUUUACUCGCUGUCUGUCAAAGCAACCCUUCCCGCUGGACGGCGAUUUUGACGGCCGAGCUUCGUCCUUUGCAGCAUGAAUUGCUUGAUGGCAUGCGAAGCUCGCAUACGGCAAAAGGACCGACUUCCCAAAAGCACGUUGCAAAUUGGGUCCUCUCUAAGAAGCUGGAGAAUUAUGGUUGGGGCCUUGCAGAAAGCUGGGAUAGUCGACCGCUGGGAGUCUCUGUCAGCCAAUAG